CCUCCCUCUCUGCGUUAGCUAGCUAUAGCAGCAAUGGCCAAGGCUUCUCUUCUCAGACUUUCUUCGGCCAAUUUACUCCUCCACCACCUAAGAGAAGUCCGUCUGCCAACGAUCCGAGCUGCAGAGGUUGAAGAAAGCAGUAGUAGCAUUAGAGGGGCUGGAACCGAAACCCCAACCAGUCGAGCCUCACCUGCUAUCGGGGCGCCAAAUGCUGCUUUCAGCUUCUGGGGACCACAGACGACGGUGUACGCGGCUGUAUACUGCGGCGGCGGAGGUAGUAGUUUGUGGCCGGAGGAGGUCCUUCUGACUGCUCUCCCAGUCAAUGGACCCACCCGACAAGACGCUAUGUCUGCAAUCACGGCGUUCAGGUUGAAAACGGCCUUACGCCAAAGCAGCAGCAGCCGCCGUCAAGUGGUGGAUUUCUGUUUUCUGGUGCCGGCUGAGAAUGGUGACCAGAAUUUUGUGGACCCAGCACUAAACAGGGGACCCAAUUAUAUCCCGGAUCUCAAUGUCUCGCCGCCGGAUGAGACCGCGUCGGCGACGGAGUUCAUCGGAGAAAUCAAGAGCCAAAACAUCUCCCGGUUCACUGAUUACGUGGUGUGGUACCUGGGCGAGUACGGGAGUGAUGAUGAGGUGGCGGAGUACAGGAAGAUUCUGAGCAGCAAAAGUGAAGCCGAAAUCGGAAACCUUGAUUCGAUUCGUAUCUGGAAUAUUCUCACCCUGAGAGCCGAAAUUCUGAAGGCGGUCGUUGCGAAAGGCCUCAUUGAGACCCCAAUUGGCUCCGAAUCCGAUGAUGUUCAAUUCCCGCCUCCGCAGCAGCUGCUUCCCAUUCCACAACAAGGGUGGACGGCCGCCCAUAACCAUGCUCAUAUUGGUUGUCAUGUCACUGCUGCUGCUGCAUACGGUGCCGGCGCCAAUUAUAACGGCAACAACGAAACUGUGUCCGAUGGUCGCAACUAUGCUGUUGGUUAUGAGAAGCAGAGCAACGUGGCGAAGCGCAAGGCAGUGGCUUUUGGUGGUGUGGACGAGGACGACCCCUGUCCCUAUGUUCUUCCGAUGAAGAAUCCCAGCGACGGCGUCGGCGGGGUUCUUAGUAUGGAUGAGGAUAAAACGCGGGCUCGGGACAAGGCGCCUAUUGACGAAGCAGAGGAGGAGGACAUGUCCUGUGAUUCUGACUCGUCACACUGAAUCAAUCCUCCGAACCCUUCAAGGCUUGAAAAUCCCCGUGUGUGUUUAUGGGAUAUGAUAAAUUAGCCUUGAUUUGCUGCUUGCUUUGCUAAUUCCUGGAAGGUUGUUUGUAUUGUAGAGGUUUGGGUAGAAGAAGAGAGUGAUGGAGUUGUCUUGUCUCCUCCACUUUCCAUAUGUAUUGUAAUUUGUAAUUUCCAAUUGGGCUUGGA